AUGCAGAUAGACAGAGGACUACAUGAAGAAAAGAAUCUUCCUCAAUGCAAUCAAGUCCCACUUGAAGCAAAUGGGGUAGCAGUUGCUACAGCCAGCAGCAAUAUGACAACUGUCAAGAUGCAUGCCAAGCUUAGCAAAAUCAAUGAGCACUGGCAACAUGUUUUUGAUGUCAUUGGAAUGAGAAAGCAUCAGAGAACUGACACAGAACAGAAACCUUAUGAAUGUAAUGAAUGUGGAAAGUAUUUCAGAUGUAAGUCAAAGCUUACUGUCCAUCAGAGAACACCCACAGGAGAGAAACCUAACGAAUGUAAUGUGUGUUCAAAGUCUUUCACCCAAAAAUCAGACCUUACUCUUCAUCAGAGACCAAACACAGGAGAGAAACUAUAUGAAUGUAAAAAAUGUGGAAAGAACUACAGAUACAAGUCACAACUUACUGCCCAUCAGAGAACACACACAGGAGAGAAACCUUAUGAAUUUAACAAAUGUGGAAAGUAUUUCAGAUGUAAGUUACACCUUACUGUCCAUCAGAGAAUACACACAUGAGAAACACCUUAUGAAUGUAACACAUGUGGAAAGUGUUUUACUCAGAGGACAUACCUUUGUCAUCAUCAGAGAACACACACAGAAGAGAAACCUUAAAAAUGUAAUGUGUGUGCAAAGACUUUCACUCAGAAAUCAGACCUUACUGUUCAUCAGAGAACACACACAGGAGAGAAACCAUAUGAAUGUAACAAGUGUGGCAAGUCCUUCACAUGGAGUUCACAGAUCAGCAGGCAUAAAAGAAUCCACACAGGAGAAAAACUAUUCGAAUGUAACAAAUGUGAAAAGUAUUACAGACAGAAGUCAUACCUUAUUGUCCAUCAGAGAACAGACACAGGAGAGAAAUCUUAUGAAUGUAAUGUCUGUGAAAAGUCUUUCACCUGUAAGUCACACCUUACUGUUUAUAAGAGGACACACACAGGAGAGAAACCUUAUGAAUGUGCCAAAUGUGGAAAGUCUUUCACUGGUAAGUCAGAACUUACUGUCCAUCAGAGAACACACACAGGAGAGAAACCUUAUGAAUGUAAUAUGUGUGAAAAGUCUUUCACCCGUAAGUCAAACCUUACUGUUCAUCAGAGAACACACACAGGAGAGAAACCUUAUGAGUGUAACAAAUGUGGAAAGUAUUUCAGAUCAAAAUCACACCUUACCGUCCAUCAGAGAAAACAUACAGGGGAGAAACCUUAUGAAUGUAAUGUAUGUGAAAAGUCUUUCACCUGUAAGUCAGAACUUACUGUUCAUCAGAGAACACACACAGGAGAGAAACCUUAUGAAUGUAACAAAUGUGGAAAGUAUUUCAAACUUAGAUCAUACCUUACUCUUCAUGAGAGAACACACACAGGAGAGAAACCUUAUGAAUGUAACAAAUGUGGAAAAAAGUCUUUCGCCCAUAGGUCAGAACUUAUUGUCCAUCAGAGAAAACAUACAGGGGAGAAACCUUAUGAAUGUAAUGUGUGUGAAAAGUCUUUCACCCGUAAGUCAAACCUUACUGUUCAUCAGAGAACACACACAGGAGAGAAACCUUAUGAAUGUAACAAAUGUGGAAAGUAUUUCAGAUUAAAAUCACACCUUACUGUCCAUCAGAGAAAACAUACAGGGGAGAAACCUUAUGAAUGUGACAAAUGUGGAAAUUAUUUCAGACAGAAGUCAGAACUUACUGUUCAUCAGAGAACACACACAGGAGAGAAACCUUAUGAAUGUAACAAAUGUGGAAAGUAUUUCAGAUCAAAAUCACACCUUAAUGUCCAUCAGAGAAAAUAUACAGGAGAACACACAGGAGAGAAAACUUAUGAAUGUAUCAAAUGUGGAAAGUAUUUCAGACUUAGGUCCUACUUUACUCUCCAUCAGAGAACACACACAGGAGAGAAACAUUAUGAAUGUAACAAAUGUGGAAAGUAUUUCAGACUUAAGUCAUACCUUACUCUCCAUCAGAGAACACACACAGGAGAAAACCCUUAUGAAUGUAACAGAUGUGGAAAGUCCUUCAUUUGGAGUUCAUACCUCAGGAAGCAUAAGAGAAUCCACACACAUGAGAAACCUUACGAAUGUGAUAACUAUGGAAAGUCUCACUUGGAAGAAAAAUAA